AUGGAGCCGCUGCGACUUCCCUUCCCCUCCGGGGACUCAGGGACAGACAAAGUCAUUGUAAAGAAGACGUUCCUGGAGGUGGUGGAGGACAUCACUCCGAGGGGAUUGCCAGCGACCUACAACUCAGAUUCCGUGAUUACCUCGCGAUUUGGCCGACAGCUCAGUGGCAAAUCCGUGGUGGACGACGAGGCCGUGCCAGAGGACGCUGAUGGCUCCCCGUACAUCCAGUCAAAGGACCUGGAGACGGAACAGAAAUCCAUCGACCUUGUAAGAACCACGGCGUCCAAGACGGAAAGGCCGAUCGAGGAGGUGGACGAUCAGGAAGAGGAGCUUCCGGUGUUGCUUGGGGGCAAGUCCCAUGUCGAGAAGGACAAGAUCGAGGAGGGCCCCGAGUGCUCCAGUUCGGGACGGAGUCGGCUUCUGAUCUCUACACUCUUGAGUGAGGAUGAGACGCACUCGAGGGUCGGUCGAGCUCCGCCACCGAUGAUGCCCGUGCUGGGAGCUGCAGGGAUCUACAGGCCUUCCUUGGACCAGCUUUUGGCCCAGUAUGUGGUUGCGGGCGUGCCCACAUUGCCGGGCUUCGUUCCGACUCCGCAACCAUCAGAUAGCACAUCUUCGCAGCCACGCUCAUCGCAAUCCUCGCAGCCACGAACUACCGUGAUGCUGCGUAAUCUUCCCAACAACUACACCCGGGCCAUGGUCAGCACCAUGAUGGACAAGGAAAAUUUUAAGGGCAAGUACGACUUCCUGUACCUCCCCAUCGACUUCCGGUCCAAAGCGAACCUGGGAUAUGCCUUUGUGAAUCUUGUCGACGAGAAGCAGGUCAAGGCAUUCUGGAAAGUUUUUGAUGGCUACACGCGGUGGGUUCUUCCGAGCGCGAAGGUGUGCAGCGUGAGUUGGAGCGGUCCUCAUCAAGGGCAGCAAGCACACGUGGACCGAUACAGGGACAGCCCUAUCAUGCACAGCAGCGUGCCCGACGAGUUCAAGCCUGCCAUCUUUGCGCAAGGUACCGGGGAGCGCAUGGACUUCCCGCCGCCCUCGAAGAAGCUUCGCGCUCCACGCCGAAGGCCUGGCCAUGGAGGCGAGAUUCAAAGGAGAGCGAGAGACAGGGGGAAAGUGAAGACGGCCCUGCGAGGCCUUGCUUGCUGCUUUCGCGAUGCGAACGACACGCUUGCUGCCUCAAUCCUUCUCGCUUGCGCGAGCUUAAUUGUGAAUUGCAACGCGGUCGGGCUGGGCUGCACCGCCGGUGUCCGCGUGGCGAAGGUAGCGCCGCUUGGAUCAUCAUCUGGAAAGCUGCAGGAGGAUGAUGUGCUCCUGGAGAUUGAUGGUGUCGAAAUUAGCCAGGACGGUACCGUUCCUUUGCGAGACAACGAGCGAAUCCACUUCUUGCACAUGGUCACGAAGCGCAGCGCCGGAUAUGAGUCCGUUCAUCUCAAAGUCUGGCGCCAGAAGAGCGAGCUAGAGGUGGAUAUUCCGCUGAGACCGGACCGCUGGCUGGUUCCACGCAUGGAUGGCUACGAUGCUGCCGCCGAGUACACCAUUGUGGGUGGCCUAGUCUUCAUUCCUCUCAGCCGGCCGUGGGCCGACCUGAAAUGCAAUGAGAAGCAAUGGAACCAAGCGCGUGCACUGAUGAACCAGUAUGUGGGCCAAGCUCUGUCGGAGGAGGGAAGGCAGGUCAUCAUCCUUUCCAAGCAUGACCUGUCAAAGCAAUCUUGUGGUAGAUUGAUGCGGGCAAGCCGCCAUGGCUUGGUAAGGGCAGCUGCGAUAGGGUUCGGCCUGGGCCGCUGGAGUUGUUUCGCUCCACGGAUGGCAGGCCCUCCGCAGCGGCUUCAAAACUUCGGCGAGCUUCGGCUGGACACUGGAGGGCGCAUCGUAAUCGAAGGGAGCGCGACAGUCAGCCUUCUGGAUGCCUGGAGAGCGCUGUGGGACCACGUGGGCCUGGUGGGGCAGGAGAGCGAAUUGUUCCCGUACCUGGUUGGUGCCAAAGACGUUUGCUCACGUGGCGAGCUGAAGCUCAGGGCACUCGCUUACUUUGCCGGCAUCGAAGACAAGGACUCCAUUUUGCCCAUCUUGGAUCAGCUCGACUCCAAAGCGAGGGAUGCAGCUGAUUCGCUAAUCCAGAAGCAUGCAGCCAGAGGAAUGCCGGAAGACCGGCAGGAAGCUGUUCGGGCAAAGGCAGCAGCAGCCAAGCCAGCAGCCCUCGAAGCCCUGAGCGCCACGCGCAGCCGUCUACGUGGUUCCGGGACGGCGGACUGGCUGCCGAACUGGGUAACACGUCAAGAAGUUCUACAGGCAGCCAUAGCCCAAAUCGAUUCCAGCGAGGAUGCAGAUGAUGCCCAGGCGCGUGGGAAGGCACAAGAGAGAGAUGCGGGCCAGUGGCUGCGGCAGCAUGCAGGACAAGACGCAGGUCAAGAAGGCUUGCUGGGUGAGCUGGCAGACGGUGAGUGCAUGACAUUUAUCUCCAAUCUGAACGUCCUGGCCGGUCCUAGCCGGAGAACAGUUCCCGAAGGCAUCAAAGCAGAGGUUGAUGGGCUCCUGCUGCGUGGGGAUCCCCCGGAGUUGGCGGCGAUUGUUGAGUGCAAAGCCGGCACUGCAAUUUACGGAGAUCUGCAAAAACUGGAUGGCUUGCUGGAGUUCCUUGAGUCGGGCGACGAACAGGUGGCCCACUUUGAGGUAGCGAAGCCAGGAAAAAACGCACCGCGAGAGCUAGCUGUGCAACUUCCACCGGACGGCGCACGUUCGGUCAAGGUGAAAUACUUCUUGGGUGGUCUUCCCGAGGACGACGGAGGCGAGAACUCCCUGGUGAGUCUGCUGAGGCCUUCGGUGGCCUCGCAGGAGAAGGGCAAGCUGCUCUUCAGGUCGUUCCCUCCGGGGCAGCAGCACGAGGAAAGCCGCCUGGAGCUCGUUGAUGUGCCGCCUGACGCCUGGCUGGUACAGGCUACGAUGGCAGAGCCUGAGGUGGUGAAGGCGCAGCAGCGCGUGGACGAGUUCCUCGACGAUGUGCGUCGCCGCUACGAGCAGGGCCGCAUCUCCUUCUAUGUGCGCCAGGAGAAGAAAAGUGUUGGCACAUCCGUGCAACUCGGGCUACCAUUCCUUCGGACGGAUUCUCAGCUUCCCAGCUUAGGCAACAUUGUUCUCCACACCUUCUGUGGAGAAGCGAUGCGGAAUGUCGCAGAGCUUGCCAGAGCGGUGGCACGAUGUGAGCAGCAGCAGCUCGUGUUCCAUUUCCUUCGUCCUUUCGGCGAUGGGAAGGAAUUGGUGGUCCUCGAUCGGUCGGAGUGCCAGAUUGCUGAGGCUGAGAUUCUGGCUCAACAUUUGAUCGGGUCACCCAGCAUGGUUCGAAUCGAUGGUCACGGGGAGCCGCGGGCUCUGGAUCCCGAGGCCGACCACACCGAUGCGACGACCUGUCUGGGAGGACUUCGGCUGGGGGAGGUGCAGCCUAUGGUUGCUACGGCACCUAUCACUUCACCUACUCACCUUGCUGCGCAAGGACAAUGGGAUCCUUCCUGCAUGGGCCCAACGGUUGAGCACCAAGCCAUAAGCUCUGAUACGUCUUUCGUUUCUGCUGCAAUGGCUUCAAGAGCUGCAGCAGGUGCUGGGGAUGCCGCUAAAGCGGAGGGGCCCGUGCCCGAAGAGGCACAGUUUGGCCGAGUUUACAUCCCAGGCCGUUGGGACGUUGCAAACUUGUUCUUACCUUCAUUGAUCCAAGUCAAGGACAACCCCAAAGCCACAGCGCACUUCCGGCAGAAGCUGUGCGCAAGGGACUACGACAGUGUGAAGAUGAUGCUCCACGCGGGCUUUCCGCCGGGAGCGGCACUGUCACCGCGGCAGCAUCGCACUGCGUUGUUUCUGGCAGCUGAGAUGGGCGACGUUCUUCUCUGUCAGCUUCUUCUAAGCUUUCGAGCUGAUCCAUUCCAGCGCCUGCGACCUCAGCAGGAUGGCAUGAUCAGUGCAAUCAACGUGGAGGACAAGGGCCAUGUUCGCCCUCAUCCGCUCGAUGUGGCAAUUCAGCGAGAUCACUUGCCGAUUGUCCAUCUCUUUAACAUGCACCGCUUCAAUCCGCCGCCUCUGGACCUCGGCGUCACCGUUCCCGUGAGGAUCGCUGCGUCCCACACAAGGGCACUGAAUACCGGUAGUCGCGGAUAG